GCCGUCUCCGCGCCGCGCCCGGACCUCAAGGAGCAGGUGCAGCCGCGCGGGAGCGCCCCGCGUCUCCGGGCGAGGACUGACUCGGCGGGCGCACCGGAGCAGCUCCGCCCUCGGCCGCACAGCCCCCGCCGGCCACCCCGCCGCCUCGAGCAGGAACUUCGGCGCAAGUUGGGGCUGGCAACAUGGGGGAACAACCUAUCUUCAGCACUCGAGCUCACGUCUUCCAGAUUGACCCAAACACAAAGAAGAACUGGGUCCCCACCAGCAAGCACGCAGUUACCGUGUCUUACUUCUACGACAGCACAAGGAAUGUGUACAGGAUCAUCAGUCUGGACGGCUCCAAGGCAAUAAUAAACAGCACCAUCACCCCAAACAUGACAUUUACGAAGACGUCUCAGAAGUUCGGCCAGUGGGCCGACAGUCGGGCAAACACUGUUUAUGGACUGGGAUUCUCCUCAGAGCACCAUCUUUCCAAAUUUGCAGAGAAGUUUCAGGAAUUUAAAGAAGCUGCCCGACUAGCCAAGGAGAAAUCGCAGGAGAAGAUGGAACUCACCAGCACGCCUUCACAGGAAUCAGCUGGUGGGGAUCUUCAGUCUCCUCUAACCCCGGAGAGCGUCAAUGGGACGGACGACGAACGGACCCCAGACGUGACGCAGAACUCAGAGCCAAGGGCCGAACCGGCUCAGAAUGCCUUGCCCUUUUCACAUAGCUCAGCGAUCAGCAAACACUGGGAGGCUGAAUUGGCUACCCUCAAAGGAAACAAUGCCAAACUGACUGCGGCGCUGCUGGAGUCCACUGCCAACGUGAAACAGUGGAAGCAACAGCUGGCUGCCUACCAGGAGGAGGCAGAGCGCCUGCACAAGCGGGUGACUGAGCUCGAGUGUGUCAGCAGCCAAGCGAAUGCAGUGCACACCCACAAGACGGAACUAAACCAGACGAUACAGGAGCUGGAGGAGACGCUGAAGCUCAAGGAGGAGGAAAUAGAAAGAUUGAAGCAGGAAGUUGCUAAUGCCCGGGAGCUGCAGGAGCAGAGGGACUCGCUGACCGAGAAGCUGCAGGAAGUAGAAAUUCGAAACAAAGACCUGGAGGGCCAGCUCUCUGACUUGGAGCAGCGUCUGGAGAAAAGUCAGAACGAACAGGAAGCUUUUCGCAAUAACCUGAAGACCCUCUUAGAGAUUCUGGAUGGGAAGAUAUUUGAACUAACAGAAUUGCGAGAUAACUUGGCCAAGCUACUAGAAUGCAGCUAAGGAAAGUCGGGUUGCAUUGCUGCUUGACUGGAAGAAAUGCCAUUUUUCUUCAUGGGACUCAUUGGGUUCUGCAUCAAGAUUGCACAA